CUCAUCCAAAACCCAACAAAUCUACUCUCAAAACCCACAAAAAAAAAAAAAAAAAAAAAAUUGGCAAUGGCUAUGAUCAGUUACUCCACCGUUGUGGUUGCUCUGCUUGCUUCUUUUAUGAUUUGCUCUGUUUCCGCCAAUUUUCAACGGGACGUGGAGAUAACUUGGGGAGACGGACGUGGACAGAUCACAAACAACGGCGAUCUUCUGACACUCACUCUCGACAAAGCUUCAGGCUCAGGAUUCCAAUCCAAGAAUGAAUAUUUGUUCGGUAAAAUCGACAUGCAGAUCAAGCUCGUUGCCGGAAACUCAGCUGGAACUGUUACCGCUUACUAUUUGAAAUCUCCUGGAUCUACAUGGGACGAGAUUGAUUUCGAGUUCUUGGGAAACCUAAGUGGUGAUCCUUACACACUUCAUACCAAUGUCUUUACGCAAGGAAAAGGUGAUAGAGAACAACAAUUCAAACUCUGGUUCGAUCCCACUAGUGAUUUCCACACUUACUCUAUCCUAUGGAACCCACAACGCAUCAUAUUCUCUGUGGAUGGUACUCCGAUAAGAGAAUUCAAGAACAUGGAAUCUCAAGGAACUCUGUUUCCUAAGAACCAGCCGAUGAGAAUGUACUCGAGUCUAUGGAACGCUGAAGACUGGGCCACAAGGGGUGGUCUCGUCAAAACCGACUGGUCUAAAGCUCCCUUCACCGCUUCCUACCGCGGCUUCAACGAAGAAGCUUGCGUCGUGAUCAACGGCCAGUCUUCAUGCCCAAACGGGUCAGGGCAAGGAAGUAGUGGUUCGUGGUUGUCCCAGGAGCUAGACUCGACGGGUCAAGAACAGAUGAGACGGGUGCAGAAUAACUACAUGAUAUACAAUUACUGUACGGACGCUAAGAGGUUCCCUCAAGGUCUUCCACGCGAGUGUCUAGCUGCGUAAAGCUUUUAAACAAAUGAUCCAAGGCUAUGAAAAGUAAUACUAUUCUUUGAUUCAUCGUUUAAAGUAUCUGAUGUUUGAUUACAUCUGUUUUUUAUCCAUUCUACGUAAGUAUAUGUAACUUUACCAAAAUAAAACAUUUGAACGUAU